GGUGAAAAGAAGAAGCGCUCAAAGACUCGCAAGGAGACGUACAGCUCCUACAUCUACAAGGUGUUGAAGCAGGUACACCCAGACACUGGUAUCUCGAACAAGGCUAUGGCCAUUCUCAACUCAUUCGUCAACGAUAUCUUCGAGCGUAUCGCGACUGAGGCCUCCAAACUUGCCGCAUACUCGAAGAAGUCGACCAUCUCAUCACGAGAGAUUCAGACCAGCGUGCGCCUUAUUCUGCCCGGUGAACUCGCCAAGCACGCCAUCUCAGAGGGGACGAAGUCGGUGACCAAGUUCUCGUCU